AUGUCGACUCGAGCAGCUCCGUCGCAGCAGGCGGUGCCGAUGCUGGCUCGCUUCGUGCCGGCCCGCUUUGCGCAACGUGCGUCCCUGCGACCGGCGGUCAUGUUGAUUGCCUUCUUUGGCGCAGGUGAGUCGGGCGAGCUGCGAGCUUGUGUGGUCUCGGUGACGGCGUCUGGGAAGUGGGCCCAGUGGGCUCAGUGGGCUCUCGGGUCGAGCCAUUGCAUGUUUCGGGCGCGGCGAACGGAUCGGUCGCCAGCUCGCUCACGUCAAUGAUCAGAACCCCACACCCCAAACUGACCGUCUCUUUCUCUUCGACCCACCCCACGCACCAACCAGCCUACUCUCUGUUCGCGACCGCAUCGCUCGUUCGGCGUCGCAAUGACCAAGACAGUCAGUCGCACCAGUCGCGCUCUGCCAGCUCGAGCACUCGGACCCGGCGCCAGCCACGUCACGAUCCUCACGAUCCUCACGAUCCUCACGAUCCUCACGAUCCUCACGAUCCUCACGAUCCUCGGCGCACCGUGGAGCUGACCCCGCAUCCGACCUCCUGCAGCCUCGCCCAAGCUGCACACCAUGUACCUCGUGCUGAUCAUACUCUACGCCCUGACCGCCGCCGUCGAAGCGUUCGGGGUCGCAGCGUAAGUGUUCGCGAACGCGCGCCGCUCGCUUCGGACAAGUUGCACUCUUUUUUUUGGAGGCGCUCCCCAUUCGGCAUUCAUCAUUUUCCUUUGGCACUCAUUCGGCCGCCUUCCGCCACCCGCCACGCGCGCCUUCCAUUUCCAGCCAGCCAGCUUUUUCUGUCCUCCCAUCCCUGACCGCUCGUUCUGACUUUGCCUCUGCCACAGCGUCUACCGUUCCUCAAUCGGACUCGUCAAGGCCUACUUCCUCGCCAGCGUCGUCGUCGCCUUUGUCGUCACCGGAGCAGAAUGUACUCGCCUCGCGCUCCACUUUACCGACAAGGUGCGCUCCACGUCCCUUCGAAGACCCACGUGCACGAGCACGAGCACGAGCACGAGCUCAAACCUCAUCUCUCUCCUCUUCCCUCAGAGCGCCAUCAUCUCGGCGUGUGUGUCCACUGAAACCCUCGUUGACUCGAUUGCCGGAACGCCCUCCACCUCGGACAUUGAAGACAUCAACAUCUACUGUCGCGCCUUGUGGCAACGCAACCUCUACUGGGACUUUGGCCUUCUCAUAUUCUCCCUCCUCCUCUCCGUCCUCUUCGCCUCGACCGUCGCGACCUAUCUCCAACAACUGCUCAACCCCGCCUUGACGCGCCAACACCACGUCCAAGUGCACAACUUCAACACCGCCGGUUCAUCGCAGUACAGUUACCCCGGUUACUACCCCCCCGCGGGCGCCUACCCCCCUAACCCUUACGGACAACCUUCCGCUCCUCCCUUGUAUCAACCCGGUUUCGUGCCCGCUUACGAACCGAAUGCGUUCGUCGCAAAUCCAGAAGGAGAAAAGGGGGAGGGUGCGAAUCCUUUUGGUGAUCGACAGCGUCUGACGACCGAGCAGAGGGAACAGAUGGAACAUGAUCGCGAAUUGGACGCCGAACGAAGGAGAACGAAUCCGAGCACAGAAACGGUGACGUUGGAACCGAGGAGGGGGAAUGAGGCGAGAGUUUGA